AUGAGCAAAAAGACGAAGCCAGCACCUCCUCCGCCUAGAUGUGUUCAAGAAAACGACAGGAGUGAAAUCUACAAAUCAGAGGAUUGCGUAGUUGGGAGAGUUCCAGUCAACUUAUCUACUAAUCAAACCCAAGUUGGUUAUUUGGAAACCACAGAAAAGACUACUCAACAAGAUGAUGUGUUAGAAGAGGUGGAGCUAAGUCUUGAUGAUACUAUUCCACAGGUUCCACCUACCAUAGGCUCCACCCUUCGUGCGCAUGUAACCGAGAAAAAUUCAUCAAAGGACGUUGGCAUCGUAAAAAUCAGAGAGGAAGCACCUCAGCUGGAACACCAUCCGUCCGCUGGAGAACAUAAACGGUUUGGCGAAAUUUACGAAGAAACUCCUGUCUUAUUCGAAGCAGCGCACGGCAGUAAAAUGUCGGAGAAAUCGAGUGCGAGAAGCAGAGUUUACUUGAAAGUGGGGCGGUGUCCACCUCGGACUCCUGCAAUCAAAAGAUUUGCUCCGUCACCUCCCAAGGUGGAAAAUCCUGCUGUUUAA